CUUACAGUCAUGCCUCUGCGAAAAAAGCUCAAAGCUCGCUCCGUAUCUCCAGGCAAACGAUCAGCAUCUAGGUCGAUUUCACCUACAAAAGAAGUCAAUAACGAGUUCGAGAAUAUAGUUACACCUGCGAGCAUGGAAAUCGACCUCAAUAAGGCUAGAAAGGUUAUUAACGAAUUCCGGUCCUUAUGCCUUAAUAGAGCAACAUCAUAUACUGUUUCGGGCGAAGGAGAGUCAUAGUAUCCAGGUCCUCCCAUUAGCCCUGGCAUUCAGGCUUGCCAUAUUAUCCCUCAGCACCAUUACUAUAUAUAUCCCGUUACCGGCAAGGACGCAGAUGACGAUGUACCUCUUAAAGCAAGUAAUUGCAGG